AAAUUUUCUCUGAACCUUUCUUUGUGUGGUGCCAGGGAUUAUGGGCCUGUGCGUGCUAGAGAGCUCAGCCACUGUACAUUAGCAGCCCUGAACUCAAGUCAGUUUCCCACCAAGAGCCUAAUAAUUUGACGCGGUUUAAAUGGCUUUCAAGCUCUAAGCAUAGUAAUUGAUCUGUGAACACUGAAUUUGUUAGGUAGCAAUAAAAGACAUGGCUUGCAAUAAGCCAUUCCCUCACCAAUACACAUUUCUUGUAUUUGUUUGUGACGUGAGCUGUAUGUAAAAACCGAUGACACUCGCGUAUUUUCAAACAUACAAGUCAGCUCCUGGGUUUUCUACUCAUAGGAGGUGGCUCUGCUCCUGCUCGCCUUCUUUCGGGAAUCCUUGAGACACUAACCCUACAAGGAUCCCAAAUAACUCUGUUUAUUAUUCGUUUGUUCCCGCCCCUUCCUUGUCAAUCAAGCGACUGGUGCCCUAUUUCUUAGCGAUGAGCACCACUGGCCAGCGAUACUGGCUCAGCAGCACUUCCGUUAAGUAUUUUCAACCUUUCCGGGCGAGGUCCCAGCAGAGCCGAAGCGACCUUAACGCGGCCUGCUUCCGCGCACGUCAUUUUGGGAAUGACUGUGUAGAUACUUCCUUUUCCCGUUGUAGAUCUGACUAUAAAUUUCCCUUCCUCACUCCCAUGUCCGACCGGACAGAGGUGGUCGGAGAAAACUGUUCUUAAGGUUCCCUCCCGCGACCCAAAGAACACAACAGCUCGCGCUGCCCGGCACCCAGCGCCACGUCAGCCCGCGCUUGAGACGCCAGCGCGCCUGCGCGCGGAGAAAGGCGGAGCAUGCGCAAAGGCCCGCCUCCUACAUCCGGGGCUCGGGCGGCGGCGCUGCCGCCGCGAGGGAAUCACGUGGCCCCUUCCUUUCCGUCUCUGGCCGGCUGGGCGCGGGCGACUGCUGGCGAGGCGCGUGGAAGCUCGCGCUAGUUCCCCUCCGCCUCCUCUCCCGGUCCAGGCCACUAGGGAGUUCGCUGACGCCGGGUGAACUGAGCGUACCGCCAAGAUGCCGGCCUAUUUCCAGAGGCCGGAAAAUGCCCUCAAGCGCGCCAACGAAUUUCUUGAGGUUGGCAAAAAGCAGCCUGCCCUGGAUGUUCUUUAUGAUGUUAUGAAAAGUAAGAAACACAGAACAUGGCAGAAGAUACAUGAGCCAAUUAUGUUGAAAUACUUGGAACUUUGUGUGGAUCUUCGUAAGAGCCACUUGGCUAAGGAAGGAUUAUAUCAAUAUAAGAACAUUUGUCAGCAGGUAAACAUUAAAUCUUUAGAAGAUGUUGUUAGGGCAUAUUUGAAAUUAGCAGAGGAAAAAACAGAAGCUGCUAAAGAAGAGUCCCAACAAAUGGUGUUAGAUAUAGAAGAUCUGGAUAAUAUUCAGACUCCUGAGAGUGUUCUUUUAAGUGCAGUAAGUGGGGAAGACACUCAGGAUCGUACUGAUAGAUUGCUACUGACUCCCUGGGUCAAGUUCCUGUGGGAAUCAUACAGGCAGUGUUUGGACCUUCUUCGAAACAAUUCUAGAGUAGAGCGCCUCUACCAUGAUAUCGCCCAACAAGCUUUCAAAUUCUGCCUCCAGUAUACUCGAAAGGCUGAGUUCCGCAAGCUAUGUGAUAACUUGCGAAUGCACUUAUCCCAGAUUCAGCGCCACCAUAAUCAAAGCACAGCAAUCAAUCUUAAUAAUCCAGAGAGCCAGUCCAUGCAUUUGGAAACCAGACUUGUUCAGUUGGAUAGUGCUAUCAGCAUGGAAUUAUGGCAGGAAGCCUUCAAAGCUGUGGAAGAUAUUCAUGGACUAUUUUCCUUGUCUAAAAAACCACCUAAGCCUCAGUUGAUGGCAAAUUACUAUAACAAAGUUUCAACGGUGUUUUGGAAAUCCGGAAAUGCUUUGUUUCAUGCAUCUACACUUCAUCGUCUUUAUCAUCUGUCUAGAGAAAUGAGAAAGAAUCUUACACAAGAUGAGAUGCAAAGAAUGUCUACUAGAGUCCUUUUGGCGACUCUUUCCAUUCCUAUUACUCCUGAGCGAACUGAUAUUGCUCGACUUUUGGAUAUGGAUGGUAUUAUAGUUGAGAAGCAGCGACGCCUUGCCACAUUGCUAGGUCUUCAAGCUCCACCCACACGAAUUGGCCUUAUUAAUGAUAUGGUCAGGUUUAAUGUGCUACAGUAUGUUGUCCCAGAAGUGAAAGACCUUUACAACUGGUUGGAGGUGGAAUUCAACCCACUAAAACUCUGUGAGAGAGUUACAAAGGUAUUAAAUUGGGUUAGAGAACAACCUGAAAAGGAACCAGAAUUGCAACAGUAUGUACCACAGCUACAGAACAAUACCAUACUUCGCCUUCUGCAACAGGUGGCACAGAUUUAUCAGAGCAUUGAGUUUUCUCGUUUGACUUCUCUGGUUCCUUUUGUUGAUGCUUUCCAACUGGAACGGGCCAUAGUAGAUGCAGCCAGGCACUGUGACCUACAGGUUCGUAUUGACCAUACUUCUCGGACUCUGAGUUUUGGAUCAGACUUGAAUUACGCAACUCGAGAAGAUGCCCCAAUUGGUCCUCAUCUGCAGAGCAUGCCUUCAGAACAAAUAAGAAAUCAACUCACAGCCAUGUCUUCAGUGCUUGCAAAAGCACUUGAAGUCAUCAAGCCUGCUCAUAUUCUGCAAGAGAAAGAAGAACAGCAUCAGUUGGCAGUUACUGCAUAUCUUAAAAAUUCACGAAAAGAGCAUCAGAGAAUUCUGGCUCGGAGACAGACAAUUGAGGAAAGAAAAGAGCGUCUUGAGAGUCUGAAUAUUCAACGUGAGAAGGAAGAACUAGAGCAGAGGGAAGCUGAACUCCAGAAAGUGCGGAAGGCUGAGGAAGAAAGGCUGCGCCAAGAGGCAAAGGAACGAGAGAAGGAACGAAUCCUACAAGAACACGAGCAAAUCAAGAAGAAAACUGUUCGGGAACGGUUAGAGCAGAUCAAGAAGACAGAGCUGGGUGCCAAAGCAUUUAAAGAUAUUGACAUUGAAGACCUUGAAGAAUUGGAUCCAGAUUUUAUUAUGGCCAAACAGGUUGAACAACUGGAGAAAGAAAAGAAGGAACUUCAGGAACGCCUGAAGAAUCAAGAAAAGAAGAUUGACUAUUUUGAGAGAGCUAAGCGUUUGGAAGAAAUUCCUUUAAUAAAGAGUGCUUAUGAGGAACAACGGGUUAAAGACAUGGACCUCUGGGAACAACAAGAAGAAGAAAGAAUUACUACAAUGCAGCUAGAACGAGAAAAAGCUCUGGAGCAUAAGAAUCGGAUGUCACGGAUGUUGGAAGACAGAGAUCUAUUUGUGAUGCGGCUCAAAGCUGCCCGGCAGUCUGUCUAUGAGGAAAAACUGAAACAGUUUGAAGAACGUUUAGCAGAAGAAAGGCAUAAUCGCCUGGAAGAAAGAAAAAGGCAGCGGAAAGAAGAACGCAAAAUAACCUACUACAGAGAAAAGGAAGAGGAAGAGCAGAGGAGGGCAGAAGAGCAGAUGCUCAAAGAGAGAGAAGAAAGAGAACGUGCUGAGAGAGCAAAACGGGAGGAAGAACUUAGAGAGUAUCAGGAGCGAGUCAAGAAAUUGGAAGAAGUAGAAAGGAAAAAGCGGCAAAGAGAGCUGGAAAUUGAAGAAAGGGAAAGGCGCAGAGAGGAAGAAAGGAGACUUGGUGACGAUCCACUUUCUAGGAAGGACUCUCGGUGGGGAGAUCGAGAUUCGGAAGGCACCUGGAGAAAAGGACCAGAAGCUGACUCUGAGUGGAGAAGAGGCCCACCAGAAAAGGAAUGGAGACGAGAAACUCGAGAUGAUGAGAGGCCUCACAGGAGAGAUGAAGAUCGGCUGAGGCGCUUGGGGGGGGAUGACGAAGAGAGAGAGUCUUCUCUUAGACCGGAUGAUGAUCGCAUCCCUAGGCGUGGUCUGGAUGAUGACAGAGGGCCUAGACGUGGUCCUGAUGAAGAUAGAUUUUCUCGUAGAGGAACAGAUGAUGACCGUCCUUCUUGGCGUAAUGCAGAUGAUGACAGGCCUCCCAGGCGAAUUGGUGAUGAUGACAGGGGAAGCUGGCGUCACACAGAUGACGACAGACCACCCAGACGGGGACUGGAUGAUGACAGACCACCCAGACGGGGACUGGAUGAUGAGAGAGGAAGCUGGCGCACAGCAGAUGAUGACAGAGGACCUAGACGUGGCAUGGAUGAUGAUCGGGGGCCAAGACGAGGAGGUGCUGAUGAUGAACGGUCAUCCUGGCGGAAUGCUGAUGAUGACAGGGGUCCCAGGAGGGGCAUGGAUGAUGAUAGGGGUCCCAGGCGAGGGCUGGAUGAUGACCGAGGACCUUGGAGGAAUGCUGCUGAAGAUAGGAUUUCUAGGAGAGGUGCAGAUGAUGACCGGGGGCCUUGGAGAAAUAUGGAUGAUGAUCGUGAUCGGAUUCCUAGACGGAGUGAUGAUGCAAGACCUGGUCCCUGGAGACCAUUUGUCAAGCCAGGUGGAUGGAGAGAGAAAGAAAAGGCUAGAGAAGAGAGUUGGGGGCCACCUCGAGAAUCAAGACCAUCAGAAGACCGUGAAUGGGAUAGAGACAAAGAGAAGGACAGAGAUAAUCAAGAUCGAGAGGAGAAUGACAAGGAUCUUGAACGAGAUAGGGACAGAGAGAGAGAUGGGGACCGGGAGGAUCGUUUCAGAAGACCCAGGGAUGAAGGUGGCUGGAGAAGAGGACCAGCAGAAGAAUCUUCAAGCUGGAGGGAUUCAAGUCGCCGUGAUGAUAGGGACAGGGAUGACCGUCGGCGGGAUAGGGAUGAUCGUCGUGAUCUGAGAGACCUGAGAGACAGAAGGGAUUUAAGAGAUGAUAGAGAUCGGAGAGGACCUCCCCUCAGAUCAGAGCGAGAAGAAGCAAGCUCUUGGAGACGCACUGACGACAGGAAAGAUGACCGGACUGAAGAAAGGGAUCCACCUCGUCGUGUUCCUCCCCCAGCUCUUUCAAGAGAGAGAGAGAGAGAGAGAGAACGAGAAGGUGAGAAAGAGAAAGCAUCCUGGAGAGCUGAGAAAGAUAGGGAGUCCCUUCGUCGUACUAAGAAUGAAACUGAUGAAGAUGGAUGGACCACAGUACGACGUUAAGUCCCAAGAUGAUGGAGUCAAACUUGUGGCUUACAUAGGUUUGAUCACAUUCAAGGAUUAUUAUACUUGUGCUUCAACCAGUCUAAAUUGAAUUCUUUAAUGUUGUCUCACCAUAACACAAAAAAGCAUGAACUUGUAUUAAUCAUAUAUAAUAGAUUGAUCAUGCACUGUAUUUACAGGAGGUUGGAAAACCAUGCCAUUUUCUGGAACUUAAGGUGUUACAUUAUUUCAUCAAUCAUUUGUUAAAAAAAAAAACUAAAAAAUAAAAAUGUGAACCCUUCAGGUGUAAACACCUUAUCUUGGUAUACAAUUGAUCUUUUUGUUUUGAUUUUGAAGUAUCAGAUAUUAAUUUGGAAUAAGGUAAGGUUCUCUUGAAACAUUUGAAAACCCUUUAAGCCAACUGAUCUGACAGCUUUCCCAUCAGUAGAAGUGGGAACAUACCUUCCUAGGUAUUUACUAUUAACUACAUUAGGCAGUUCAUAGCUUCUGAUCAGUGUAGUAGACAUCACAAACACUGGCUGUAAUGGGGUUUUCUGUAGACUUGACUUGAGAGAGGUGAGUAUAAAGCAUUUUUUAGUCAUCAUCAUGACGGUGCUGCUCAAGUGCAGAUCCAGAACAGUACAGCUUUGGGUUCCUAGAAUAUUUGGUAAACUGUUGAGGGUUUCUUUUUUUCUGUUGCCAAAAGAAAACUGCUUUUCCACUAAUUCAUGCCUUUCAAGCAUUUUAAAUAUGACAAUAUUUAUAAAUGUGUGGUUUGGAGGAAUUGUUUAAAUUCUUUUUCCUAAUUUUCUUCAGGAUAGAUUAUUUCAACAAGUAAUUUGUAGUGAUGACUGUGUUGACUUCAAUUUUGGAGUGUAGUAGCUGUGUUAAAAAAGAGUAACCAUUUGGUCUUAUUGAAGCCAACACAGAACUUGCUGCUGUGUUUUUUUCCUUUGGUGAUAAAUAAAAUACUUACAUAAUUGGUGUUA